CGUGGUGGCUGUGCCGUGCCGGGGCUGUGGGGACGCCGCGUCCUGCAGCAGUGCGCCCUGUUCACCGAGACCCCGCACGACAUGACGGCCCAGGCCGGCGAGGACGUGGAGAUGGCGUGCUCCUUCCGAGGCAGCGGCUCCCCUUCCUACUCCCUUGAGAUCCAGUGGUGGUACGUCCGCAACCACAAGGACUGGACAGACAAACAGACGUGGGCUUCCACCCAGCAGCUAAAAGCAUCGCAGCAGGAGGAGGCUGGGAAGGACGCGACAAAAAUAAGCGUGGUGAAGGUGGUCGGCAGCAACAUCUCCCACAAGCUGCGGCUGUCCCGGGUGAAGCCGGCGGACGAGGGGACGUACGAGUGCCGGGUGAUCGACUCCAGCGACGGCAAGGCGCGGCACCACAAGGUGAAGGCGUACCUGCGGGUGGAGGCGGCGGGGGGCCUGGGGCACCCCCAGGACACCCAGCUGCGGGGCGCCCCGCUCUCGGACCCCGCCGUGCCAGGCGCAGCCCACGCGCACCACCACCACCACCACCACAAAGCCGGGAAAGAGCUGAAGAAACGCUCGGUGGACGCCUCCUGCGUGCUGUAGGCAGGCGGUGCCGGGGGGGACGCCGGAGCCCCCCCAGCCCCCGGACUCAGCGGAGCCAUCGAGGGUCCCGCGCUGCUACCAGAGACUGGCCCCACCACCCCGCAUCGCCCGCCGCCCCUGGGCCCCCUCCUGUCACCACCGCAGUUUCUUCCCCCACCCCAUGGCUUGGCGGUGCCGGGGCUGGAGCGCGGGAGCAGGACGGGCACACCGGGGCCCCCAGCUCACCACUGGGGCUGGGACCAGUGCCAGGGCCGUGCGCCCACGCGUGGCGGUCCCCGUCCCCGCCGGCCCCACGCGGGGCAGACUCCCCGCUGCUUGCUGCCACCCGCUGCGCGCCCCGGCUUUCUGUCCCUGCCCGCAGGAAUCCUCCACUCGCCCCCUUGUGCUUUGCAGAGCGAACCCCAUCCGUUUCCCCGUAGGAGGCCCGGUUUAGUUGCUCUUUUCCAGCCCCACAGCACAUCUAUAAGUUAGGGCAUCCAUUCUUAGGGUCUGUAUAUAUCGCCUCUCCCUCCCCUGCCUGCCCCAAAGCUUCCCUAGCACGUCGAGGCCUGAGCUCAGCGGAGGAAGGACGGCACGGCACGCUCCCGGCAUGCUCAGCCGUUGGCCGCGGGGCCCGGGGAGCCCCGGGGCCGGAGCUGGCCCAUCCCCGUGCAUUGCUGCUCCCUGCCCUCCGCAUCUCCCGGGGGAAGCAGGGGCUCACAGCCAGCCCCGGCUGCUGCUGCUCCAUCCCAGGGGCUGCUGCUGCCUGUCCCCCGUUCCCGGCCAUGCUCCCCUCCUGCCACACUGCCCCGUGCCCCUCUCCUGGCUCGGGGGCAGAUGGCAGAGUCCAGCCCCCGUGGGCAAGUUCUGCCGCUGGGGAGGGGGCCGUGGAGGGGAGAGGGCUGGGGGUUCCCUGCUGCCCUCGCCCCCAGCCUGCACCCCCAGCUCCCUGCAGCUAAUAAAGCUCCUUAACAAACCCUG